AUAAAUGAUAAAAUAAGGUAAAUCAAAGGAUACAGCAGUUUUAAGGACGCUCAUCAACACUCAAGCAUAAAAUUUUGCUACAAAGAGAUUGUUGAAAGAUCUCAAUAUAAUUGAGAAGGAGUCCAUUCCUACAGUAGGAGUUACUGCAAGACCUCUUGAACAUGAUCUCUUUAUUUGGCAUGCUAAUAUAAGAGGUCCAAUUGGAACACCUUAUGAAGGUGGAAUAUUCCAUUUUGAAUUAUUAAUACCAGAAUCUUAUCCACACUAACCACCAAAAAUAAAUUUAUUCACAGAAUUACCUCAUCCUAAUGUUUUUGGUAAUUCAAUAUGUCUUGACUUAUUAUAACCAAGAAGACCUGAAGACAAAGAUAAAUAAUCAGGAUGGUCAAGUGCUUAUACUAUAUAAUCUAUAUUAUUAUAAUUAUCAGCAUUUUUAUUUGAAGAAUAAAUUACUGAAAAAAAAGAAAAAUAACAUGCUUAAAUAAAAAAAGCAGUUUUGGCUGCUAAUUCUUUUAAAUGUACAACCAAAAAUUGUAAACAUGGUGGUAAACUUUCAUUGUGGCCUUAAUUCAAUACUAAGGAAAAUGAAGAAUAAUAAUUUAUUAACAAAUAAACAGAAUAAGAAUUAUUGGAAUAAUAAUUCAUUUGUUUUCAUACUAAAUUAAGUUAUAGAAAACCAUAAUCUCCAUAAUUUGAUGAUGAAACUAAAAUGAAAUAAGAAAGUUGUUUAGGAAUAUUAUUAAAUGUAUCUAAAGUUCCAAGAACUGGUUCAAUUAAAUAAGCAGUUCCAUCUUUAGAUUAUGUUUCAAUUAAAGCCUUUUUGAAUGAAGGUUUAAAGUGGGAUUCUUUAAAUUUGACAUAUACUCAUUGGUUACCUCUUUAUUUUGGUAAGACUGAUAAUAAAGAGAGAGUAUUACAUCUAUUAAAAAGAUCAUUAUCGAUGAUAAUGACAAAUAAUACUAAGAGAUUUAAACCUGAAUUUGUAUUAGAAGUAUUUCCAAAAAUAACUUAAAGUAUUGUUCAUGCAAUGAUGGCUGAAAAGACUCAUGCAUCUAUUAGAUGUUUAAGAAUAUUAGCUUAAGUACAUGCAUUAUGGUUAUUAUGUAUGGAAGAGUGGCCUUAACUUUAUUAAUAAGUUGAUGCAAUUAUUAAUAAAUUUAUCACUGAUGAAAAAAGUAGAACUAAAGAAUUUACUCCUAAUCUUGGUAUCUUAUUCAAUUUACUUUAUGUAUCUAAAAAGUAUACUUUUGGAGAUUUAGUAUAAUCUUAUACAGCAGAAUAAUUAGAUAGACAAGUUUUCUGGUUGUUAAAAGAAAUACCAGAAUUAGCUGAUGAAAAAUUAGAAGGAUCUAUUAGUGCAGCAAAGAGAAUUGAAAUAACAUUUAAAUAAUAAUCGACUUCAUUUUAAAUGGGUUGUUUCUAAUAUAUUUAUUUAAAUUAUGUUGUAUAACCAUUAAAAACAUAAAAAGAAAUUUUAGAAAGAUUUGAUAAAAAUUUUUGUUUAUUAACAACAGGAAUUGAAAAUGGAAUAUAAGAGAAAAUAUUUGAAGCUUUUAAAAGAGUAGUCAAUUAUGAUGCCUUCUAUGAUUUUAUUGGAUAAGAAAAGAAAUCUAAUGAAGAAUUGAAUCAAUUAUUAAAAUAAGCAGUUAAGAAUUCAAAAGAGAAGAAAUACCAUGGUACUGUUGAAGAAAUGAAUUAAUUACCACCUGCAAUUGAAUAAGUAAAAUAAUAUUAAUAAAAAUACUCUAAAUUAUAAGAUUUUUAUGUAAUUACAAAAGAAGAAUAAGAAAAAAAAUAAUAUAAAUAUAAUAUUGAAGUAAAACAAAAUGUUGAUUGGAAAUAAGAAUUAUGUAAAAGAUGGGAUUGGAUUGAAGAAUAAUUGAAAUGGAAUCCUGAGUUAGAUGCAACUGAAUUAGCUCAAUAAGCUAAUAUGAGAACAUUAAAUGGUUUUGGUCUUAAACCUGAUGAUAGAUUGUAUAAUAAGAUAGAAACAUUGAGAAAUUAACAUCACAAAGUUUAAUAUUAAACAGAUUUUCCAAAACAUAGUUGGCAACAACUUUAUAUGAAAUUAGAUUUUGAGUAAUUCUUAAUUUAAUUUGAUUAAUGUCCAGAUUUCUAAAGUUUCUAUGAAAAAGUUACUAUAGCUAAAGAUCAUUUGGUAGAUUUGGUUCUUGUAUUAAUUCAUAUUAAAACUGUUUCAUCAGGAUAUUAUUACAUAACUGCUGCUUUAGAAUAAUUUACUAAAUUAAUUAGAUUGACUUUAACUGGAUAAGAGUAAUCUGGAAGUAUAAUUUUUCCAAAGAAAGCUGCUAAAUCUUUUUAUAAAGGUUUAAACAAUUUAAGUAAAUAAUAAAAUAGUUUAUAAAUUCUUGAGAUUAUUAAAUUAGGAUUUUCAGGUAAUUAAUUGGAAAUAACAGAAUCAAUAUUUGGAGUAUUAAAUCUCUUUGUAAAUUAACUAAGAUCUCUUACAAUUGAAAAUACUGAUUUAUUAACUUUAAGUAAUGCUGCAAAGACAGUAGGUGCUAUAAUUACAUCUUUUAGACAUUUAGAAUUUUUGAAUUUAAAAGGUUCAAUAAGAAAUGCUAAUAUAGCAAAAGAGAUAACUGAUGGUUUGAUGAGAGCAAAAUAAUUAGUAACUGUAGAUUUGUCUUUGAAUCAUUUAGCAACAGAAAAGGGAUUAGCAUCAAUAGUUUAUAAUUUGAGUUUCUCACCAAAAUUAACAUUUUUAGAUAUUUCAGGAUGUGGCUCAAUUACAUCAGUUGAAUUAGUUGAAAGUUUAUAUAAAUUAUUAAGAAUUACUGCUAGUUUGGAACAUUUAAAUUUAGAGAGAUUAUCUUCUUUAAAUUUAACAAAAGAAUUCUUUAUAGCAUUAGGUGAAAGUAGAACUUUGAGAACAUUAAACUUAAAUGCAAUAGGAGAAUUUAAUGAUGCAAAAUUAGAAUAAUUGGGUAAAGCAAUAGCUUUUAAUGCAUAAAAAGGAGGAUAAUUAACCAUUAUUAAUUUAAAUUAUGAUGGUAUAAACUAUACAAAACUAAAGAAAUUAGUGGAAAGUAUGGCAGUUUCUAAUCAUGAUCAUGAGGUUUGGUAUGGAGAUGCAAAUAAAGCUAGUAAAAUGACAGGUGAUGAUUACAAAAAAGUUUUUAGAUGUAAUUUAUAAACUCUUGAUGUUAAAAUAUCUACAUUUGGUUCUAAUUUUGAUAUUAAUCAUUAUAAGAAUUAAUAUAAAGCAAAAAAUGAUUUUUAAAAUAUUUUUGAAAAGAAUCCAAAUCUCUUAGAUAUAAAUUUUGCUGAGAAAUAAUUUAAUAAAAAAGAUAUGGAUUUAUUAUGUGAAAUGGUACACCAAAAAGCUAUUAAAUUAAGGGUCUUAAAUCUUAGUAGAAACUGUUUAAGUAAAGAAGGAGCCAAGGUUUUGAGUACAUUCUUAGAAUAAAAUAAUACUUUAGAAUUUUUAGAUUUAUCAGGUAAUAAAAUUGGUGUAUCAGGUGGAAAAAGUAUUGCAAUAGCUUUAAGAAAGAAUUAAGCUUUAAAGUAAUUGAAUUUAUUCUUCAAUUUAAUUGGAUUUGAUGGAGCAAAAGAAUUUGGAGCAACAUUUAAAAUUAAUAAAACUCUUGAAUUUGUUGAUUUAGGAAAUAAUAGAAUUAGAAAUAAAGGAUUAUUGGCUAUAACUGAAGGAUUAAGUGAGAAUAAUUAAUCUAAGGUUUAAAUACUUGGUUUAAGAUUUAAUUUCUUAUCUGAAGAUGGUAUUUUAAAUUUGAUUAAAAAAACAAAUUUAAAAGAAAUCUUUAUAAAGAAUAAUUCAAUUACUGAUUAUGGUUUGUAUUGUUUGAAGAAAGGGUAUGAUGAAAUAAAAUCAAAUGUUAGGAUUGAUUUAUUUUCUAAAUUAAUUUAAAUAGAUGAAAGUAGACUUGAAAGAACAGCUUGGAUUUAACCUACUUUUAGUAUUCCAGAAAUAAUAACAUUCUUUAAUAAAUUUGAAGUAGGAGUUAUUUUAGAUGCAAGAUUUAGAAAGGGAUAAAAAUAUGAGAAUCGUAAGGUUUAACCAAAUCAAUUUAAUUUUGUUGAGUUUGCAAAUCCAAAUAGUUUGAAUAGAUCUCUUGCUUUAGCUUCAACAAGUUAAGCAUCAAUUAAUGGUAAAGCCUUUAGAAUUUAUAAGGCAGGAACAGGAACAUUUAUAUGUAUUUAAAUAAUAAUAAUAAUUAGAUUUAAAAAAGAGUGCAAAAUAAAAGAAAGCAGAAAGUUCUAAAACAAAUACUUUAUAAUCUAAAAUGCCAGUCAGUUCAAUUGCUAGAGGAGGAUUAAAAGGUAGAGGUCGUGGAAGAGGUAGAGGUAGAGGUAGAGGAAGCGUUUUAUAUUGAAAUAAGUUUAUAAAUAAAUAAGUACAAAAAAA